AUGCCUCGGCUGAUCUCCUUGUUCACCUUCGGAUUUGCAGUGGUAGAUAUGAGAAUUCUCAAGCAAUAUGGCUCUGAAAGGGCGGCAGGCACCUUCGCCGGGGACAUGAUCAUCGUAGCUGCCAGUCUCAUGCUGGUGGCCAUUGCUAUCUUUGGCUGCGUAGGCGCCGCAAGGGAGAAUGUCAAAAUACUGUACUUGUACGCAGGCCUCCUAAUGACGUUGGCCCUCUUGGAGCUGAUGAUCGGUAUCUUUGUGACGGUCCAGCGAUGCGGGUUGGAAUUUACAGUGUCCGACUGGCUGCGGGAGGACUUCUUCAGAAACUAUACUGGUGACGAGCUGGUAGAGCACAAUCGUAUUUGGGAUGACUUGCAGACUAAUUACGAGUGCUGCGGCCUUAAUGGACCAGCAGACUACCAUGUUCUUCAACAACCGAUCAGCGUAUCAUGUUGCCCCCGCAUUUUCCCCACCCAAACUGCGCGCACGCAAGAACUACUGUACGAUUCUUGCAUUAAGUCAGGUGAUUACUACAGACAGGGUUGCGAAGACGGGAUCCUCUAUGUGCUGCGAUCAGACGGAGAUUACCUUCUCGGAGUUGCUGUUAUCAGCUUUUGGUUCGAGGCAGCCGCAAUGCUCCUCGCGAUUUGGAUCGCCAACAACCUCAAAAACUGCGCGAAAGUUUACAAACAUACUGUAAAAUACUAACUUAAUAUUAUUAAAUAAUUUACCUUAAUACACUUUUACGAAAACGUAGCACUACUUGGAAAAAAUAAAUAAUUUAAUUUAGCUAUGACAUUAUCU